GGAGGGAGGGAGAGCAGGCGUGUCCUCCUCUCACUCGCCAUGCUCCGGGGAUUAGCUAUUUAAAGUUCAGUUGCUCCGCGCCACGGAAGCCUUUCCAUUCCGCCAGCAGCAGCCGCAACAAGAGCCGCAAAGGGAGCCGCCGGAGCUCCGAGGACGCACGUUUUGAACCAAGGAGGCGACAAUAAAACGCAGAGGAACUGAGGACAGCUGUGUUGGGAAUUCUCCAAAUUAACCACCUUCCACUGCUCUGUCUCCGCGUCUUCAAGUGCAUCUCACUCACCAGACGUCUCUGCCAUGGGUGUGAAGAUGCUGCAGUGUUUCCCCUUCUACAGACGCUGUAAAGAGCGCUGCAAGAGCAGACAGUGCCCCCCAGCGGCAGUUCCCAUCGAGGAGAUGAAGCCCCGCCUGCGCUCCACCACAUCCUGUGGGAGCGAAGGAGCAGGAGGAGGCCUGAGUCGGGGCUCCCAGAUCUAUUUCUCCACCAAGGCCAGGCUGUCUUUCAGACACCAGCUGGACAGCAACAUCAACGCAGUGGACGCCACCUACUGAGGAGGACGCAGGGCCGCGGAGAAGAUGCAUGGAUUCCUGCAUCCUGGUUGUUCUGUUGCCCGGUCGUGCUCGGACCCUGCGGCGCAAACCGGGGAGCCUGACCGCGGAGGAAGAGCAUAGAUGGGAUCCACAGUUUGCAAUUAACCCCCUCACUGCUCACUGCCCACAAAGAACUCUCCAUGAUUAAUCCGAUUCAACACGGGACCGGGCGAAACGGACUGAACCAGACCUGGUUUUCCAUCUCUGUGCAUUGGGAUUGAGUGGAUCCGCUGCCCUAACAGUCCCAAUGCUGAUGGGAGGGAAGACACAAGACUUGCUUACACCAUUCACUACCAAAAAGUGCUUUUUUUUCCUUUUUUUUUUUUUACUAACUUUUUUAUUUUGGAUUCACUGUUGAGAUAACGGGGUGUUCCACAAAGCAAGACGAGGGCGUUGACUUUCAAAGUGAGAUGAAUAUCACGAGUAGGACCGAGUACUUUAUACCGUAUUAGUUUUUUAUAAAAAGGUAUCUACCGUAACAACCCAGCACCAAGGGGUAUCGAAACUUCUCCAGUCCAAUGAUGCCGACAUAAAUUCCUUUUUGGACUGAAGAUUUAGAAAAGACGUUCAAUGGGACAUGUUUAAAUUCAAAUUUUUAUAAUUUGUAGACUUUAAAAUGUUUUCUUUUAAAACAUUUGGAUUCGGAGUGGUGGCAUUUUAACUGACUGUUGAAGGUAUAAAAUGAAGCGCUGUAUUGGUGUCGUUACUUCACGGGUAGCGUUAUUGUCACUUUAUUCACAAUACCCCGCCCUAAUCAUGAGGGGAUAUUAAUAACCAGGACUGGGUUUGCUUUCUAACCCCAGUUACGAAACACUUUUUCUUUUUGCCUUCUAGUUAGUUUGUUUUGAAAGCAUUAAGCAAACUUUGCACAGGGAAUAAAAUAUUUCUGUUAGGUAUUUUGUCCAUGUUUGGCUUCAGCUCUCAGGCCAAUUAUUUGCCUUUUAAUAUUUGAUAACUUUAACAAAACUCCUGGUUUCAUUAGAUACAUGUUUUAACAAACCUUAACUGAUGAACAGGUUUCUGUAUUUGCCUAAAACAAAGAUAUGAAAGUCACGCUCUGAUCCCGAAUAACUGAAAAAUCUGCUGAAAGAAAAUAAAUUAAAUAUUUGCCCUUUGAUGCAAAGAUCCUUGUGAUACAACUUUAUAGAACGUCAACACAAAGUAUCUUUAUUCUUGACUAACUGUAAAUGUACAUUAAAAAUGUCUCCUGUG